CACCGAGUCGCACGAGGACUAUUGAUAGGUCAAUUUAGCAGAAAUGCAUGGAGGCGACAAAAACGAACGGCGAAAGGGACACGGUGGUGAACACGAGAGGCCGUUUCGGGGUUUGCGUAUUGGUGAGCAGGGGAUCCAGCGGCUUCCAAAGGUUUCGAUGGUGUUGCGGCGGCGGAAGGUGCGGCCCGUGCACUGCCAAGCCUGUAACCUGGAGCUUUCACCAACAUCAUCGCCGGAGACCGCAGCUCUACUUAAACCUUCUCGCCUCUGCUCUGCUGCCUCCAUCAUCCCCCAUCACACACCCGACCGCGGCCCCCAGACAACCCCGCUGCAGCUUCUGACAACCGCCUUUUGCACACAGGACACACUCUCGCUACUCCCGUAAACACACGUACGCCCGAAAUGUCGGCUGAACCAGAGCACCACCACAAGCACAAGGUGGAUCUCUCAAAGGAUCCGUCUGGAGCUGAGCACAAAGAUGUCGACGAGACCGCGACCGCUAUCCUCAAGAAGAAAAAGAAGCCCAACUCGCUAAUCGUCACCGAUGCCGUCAACGAUGACAACUCUAUCAUCGCCCUGUCAAACAACACCAUGGAGACGCUCCAGCUGUUCCGUGGCGACACAGUUUUGGUGAAGGGCAAGAAGCGAAAGGACACCGUUCUCAUCGUUCUCGCAGACGACGAUCUCGAUGAUGGCUCUGCGCGGAUAAACCGAGUCGUUCGCCACAACCUGCGGGUCAAGCACGGCGACGUUAUCACUAUCCACCCAUGCCCGGAUAUCAAAUAUGCCAAGCGUAUCGCCGUUCUCCCCAUCGCGGAUACCGUUGAGGGUAUCACCGGCUCGUUAUUCGACGUUUUCCUCGCCCCAUACUUCCGAGAAGCCUACCGGCCCGUGCGGCAAGGCGACACAUUCACCGCCCGCGGCGGAAUGCGACAGGUGGAGUUCAAGGUGGUAGAGGUCGAUCCGCCGGAGUUCGGUAUCGUUGCUCAGGACACCGUCAUCCACUGCGAAGGCGAGCCGAUACAGCGUGAGGAUGAGGAGGGCAACCUCAACGAAGUCGGUUAUGACGAUAUUGGUGGCUGCCGCAAGCAGAUGGCUCAGAUUCGUGAGUUGGUCGAGUUGCCUCUUCGGCAUCCUCAGCUCUUCAAGUCCAUCGGUAUCAAGCCCCCGCGCGGUAUCCUCAUGUAUGGCCCACCUGGUACCGGUAAGACUUUGAUGGCGCGUGCUGUCGCCAACGAGACCGGUGCCUUCUUCUUCCUGAUCAACGGCCCCGAGAUCAUGUCCAAGAUGGCUGGUGAAUCAGAGUCGAAUUUGCGAAAAGCCUUCGAAGAGGCUGAGAAGAACUCCCCGGCCAUCAUCUUCAUCGACGAGAUCGACUCUAUCGCGCCCAAGCGCGAGAAGACGAAUGGCGAGGUUGAGCGUCGAGUCGUCUCGCAGCUGCUCACCCUCAUGGACGGCAUGAAGGCUCGGUCAAACGUCGUGGUUAUGGCCGCCACCAACCGACCGAACUCCAUCGACCCUGCCUUGCGCCGCUUCGGACGUUUCGACCGCGAAGUCGAUAUCGGUAUUCCCGACCCAACCGGCCGGCUGGAGAUCCUCCAGAUCCACACCAAGAACAUGAAGCUCGGCGAUGAUGUCGAUCUCCAGACAAUUGCCGCCGAGACUCACGGUUACGUCGGUUCGGAUUUGGCCUCCCUCUGCUCCGAGGCUGCCAUGCAGCAGAUUCGUGAGAAGAUGGACCUCAUUGAUCUUGAUGAGGACACGAUCGACGCUGAGGUCCUGGAUUCGCUCGGCGUCACCAUGGAGAACUUCCGCUUCGCCCUUGGUGUCUCCAACCCCUCUGCUCUGCGCGAGGUUGCCGUCGUGGAGGUACCGAACGUCCGCUGGGAGGAUAUUGGUGGUCUCGAGGAUGUCAAGCGCGAGCUCAUCGAGAGCGUCCAGUAUCCUGUCGACCACCCCGACAAGUUCCUUAAGUUCGGCAUGUCCCCGUCCCGAGGUGUGCUCUUCUAUGGACCGCCUGGUACUGGUAAGACAUUGCUUGCGAAAGCUGUCGCCAACGAGUGUGCGGCCAACUUCAUCUCCGUUAAGGGCCCUGAACUCCUCUCUAUGUGGUUCGGAGAGUCUGAGAGCAACAUCCGCGACAUCUUCGACAAGGCCCGAGCUGCGGCGCCCUGUGUCGUAUUCCUUGACGAGCUGGACUCCAUCGCCAAGUCACGUGGCGGCUCUGUUGGCGAUGCUGGCGGUGCCUCCGACCGUGUCGUCAAUCAGCUUCUGACUGAAAUGGACGGUAUGACUUCGAAGAAGAACGUUUUCGUUAUCGGUGCUACCAACCGCCCCGAACAGCUCGAUAACGCUCUCUGCCGCCCUGGACGUCUCGACACUCUUGUCUACGUUCCUCUGCCCGACCAGGCAUCUCGUGUCGGCAUCCUGAAGGCGCAGCUCCGCAAGACCCCUGUCGCUCCGGAUGUCGAUGUGGAGUACAUUGCGGCCAACACCCACGGCUUCUCCGGUGCCGAUCUCGGCUUCGUCACCCAGCGUGCCGUCAAGCUUGCUAUCAAGCAGUCCAUCUCUACCGAGAUUGAGCGCCAGAAGGCUCGCGAGGCUGCUGGUGAGGACACCGACAUGGACGAGGGUGAGGGCGAGGACCCCGUCCCUGAACUCACCAAGGCGCACUUCGAGGAGGCCAUGCGCUCCGCCCGACGAUCCGUCACCGACGUCGAGAUUCGUCGAUACGAGGCCUUCGCGCAGAGCAUGAAGAACUCUGGUGGCUCAAGCUUCUUCCGGUUCCCUGACGCCCAGGAUGCUGCCAACGAGCAGCAGAACACGUUCGGCAACGCGGGUGAGGACGAGGACCUGUACAACUAAAAGGCUUGGUUUUUCUGAGUUCAUCAUGGCUUCACGCGGGUCACGGCUAGUUUGGCGCUCUGUCUUCCAAUCAUCUCCUCGCAUGUCACGGUAAUUCUACUCUCGAUAGAUGGAGUCGAUGGAUUUCCAUUGCUAUGGCAACGUACGCGAAGGAUGGAUGAUGUGGGCGCUUGCCGAUGGGUUGGUGGCGGAAACCUCGGUAGAUGGACA